CUUCUCACCAUCAUCAGAAACUCUCGUCAACUCUACAAGAAGCCACAGCAGACAAUGGCCAAGCUUGCAAAAUUCUAUGGCCCCAUAAUGCGUUUCACCAUCGGCCAAUCAACCACCAUAGUAAUCUCUUCCACAAUCGCAGCCCAAGAGAUUCUUCAAACCCAUGACACCCUAUUCUCUGACAGAACAAACCCCGACAUCACAACAUCGUACAACCACAACCAUUACAGCUUGGUCUUUCUCCCUGUCUCACCCCUCUGGCAAGAACUGAGAAAAAUUUGCCACGNAAANUUGUUUUCNGUCAAAACCCUUGACGCAAGCCAAGACCUUAGACGNAGGAAACUGCAGGAACUGCUUAGUGAUAUCCGCCAAAAAAGCCUNGACGGCGAAGUGGUGGAUGUCGGNAGAGCAGCAUUCAUGGCCNGCNUUAACUUUUUGUCGUACACUUUUGUGUCAAAAGAUUUUGUUCCCUCUGUAGCUAAUGGUGAGUACAAGCACGUUGUGGGGACUCUCUUGAAAGCAACGGNAACACCGAACUUGGUGGAUUACUUCCCAUUCUUGAGGGUNUUCGAUCCACAAGGCAUAAGAAGACACACCACGAAUUACAUAGACAAGUUGUUCGAUGUGUUGNACCCCAUAAUCGAUGAACGGAUGAAGAUGAGGCAAGANGAGAAUUAUGUCACCAGCCAUGACAUGCUUGAUAUCUUGCUUGAUAUUUCUCAAAAGAGCAGCGAGAAUAUACACAGAAAGCAGAUCAAACAUUUAUUCCUUGAUCUACUGGUUGCGGGGACUGAUACGAUGGCGUACGGCUUAGAACGGACAAUGGCGGAGCUAAUGCACAACCCGGAGGCGAUGCGGAAGGUGAAGAAGGAGUUGGCCGAAAUGAUCGGAGUAGGGAAGGCGGUGGAUGAAUCGGACGUGGCAAGGCUUCCGUAUAUGCAAGCGGUGAUAAAAGAGAGUCUUCGCAUGCACCCACCAGCGCCGCUUCUGGUUCCUCGAAGGGCGAAAAUAGACGUGGAAGUGUGCGGGUGGACGGUGCCAAAGGGUGCUCAGGUGCUGAUAAACGAGUGGGCCAUAGGGAGGAGCCCGGAGGUGUGGGAGGAUGCACAUGUGUUCUCGCCGGAGAGAUUCUUGGACUCUGACAUCGACGUGAAAGGUCGACACUUUAAGCUGACACCCUUCGGCAGUGGAAGGCGCAUCUGCCCUGGCUCUCCACUCGCCGUCAGAAUGUUGCACCUCAUGCUGGGCUCUCUU